AUGGGUGUGAUGAUAUUGGUAUUGUUACUACGCUUUGAGAUAUCUUGCUCCCAGCAGAUUAAUAUGAUAGAAGAGGAGAAACGAGCUCUGCUUCAGACCAAAUGGUGGGGUUUUGGUGACAACUUCUCAGGCAUAUAUUGCAAUGAAUUUGGAAGCGUUAUCGAUAUUAGUCAGCCAAUGACCACUCCAAAGGACGAAAUUCAGCUAGCAGAUCUAAACUUCACUGCAUUUCCCAACCUACAACAUUUGGAUCUUCAUCAAAUGGGUUUGCUAGGUACUGUUCCUACUCAGAUAGCAAGUCCUUAUAAUCUCAGGCACUUGAACUUGUUUAAUAAUAAUUUUACUGGUACCUUUCAAGCUCAAAUUGGACUUCUUUAUAAUCUUAUCUGUUUGAACUUGUCUAACAACAAUCUUAAUGGUGCCAUUCCAACUCAUAUUGGAGCUCUUCCGAAUAUCAUUUAUCUAGACUUGUCUCAUAAUAAUAUUAUUGGUGCCAUUCCAACUGAAAUUGGACUUCUUGGUGGUCUUGUUUAUUUGGACUUGUCUAACAACAAUCUUAGUGGUGCCAUUCCAACUGAAAUUGGACUUCUUGGUAGUCUUGUUUAUUUGGACUUGUCUAACAACAAUCUUAGUGGGAUCAUUCCAUCAUCGAUAAAAGAUCUUCAAUAUCUCCCUUAUCUGAACUUGUCUUGUAACAAUUUUAAUAAAUUACUUUGGCCGAAGAAGAUACAUAGAGGCUCAAAUUCUUUGUUGAAAAUCAUUAUUCCUUUGACAACUUUUCUUGUGAUCACAUGUGUUGUGGGUUUCGUCUUAUUUAAAUCAUUCAAGAACAAGAAAUCUAUAAGUGAGACAAGAGAAGCCAAAAAUGGAGAUUUGUUUUCCAUAUGGAACUAUGAUGGAAAAAUUGCAUAUAAAGAUAUAAUUGAUGCAACAGAGGACUUUGACAUUAAAUAUUGUAUUGGAACUGGUGCCUAUGGAAGUGUUUAUAGAGCACAACUUCCAAGUGGCAAAAUUGUAGCAUUGAAAAAGCUUCAUAGAAGAGAAUAUGGAAACACUUCUUUGGCCAGGAGUUUUCACAAUGAAGUAAAGAUGUUGAGUGAAAUUCGACAUCGUAAUAUUGUAAAGCUUUAUGGUUUUUGUUUACAUCAUCAGUGCAUGUUCCUCAUCUAUGAAUACAUGGAAAGAGGAAGCCUUUUUUAUGUGUUGAAUAAUGAUGACGAUGCUAAAGAGUUGGAUUGGAGCAAGAGAGUGAAUGCCAUCAAAGGAAUAGCAAAUGCUUUGUUCUACAUGCAUCAUGGUUGUGCUCCUCCAAUUAUCCAUCGAGAUAUAACAAGUGGUAAUGUGUUGUUAAACUCAAACAUGGAUGCUUUUCUAUCUGACUUUGGCACAGCUAGAAUCAUUGAUCCAGAUGCAUCUAACCAAACUCUUCUAGUUGGUACUUAUGGUUACAUUGCUCCAGAGCUUGCAUACACCUUAGUUGUAACUGAAAAAUGUGAUGUUUAUAGUUUUGGAGUGAUGACAUUGGAAACAAUCAUGGGAAGACAUCCUGGAGAUUUGAUAUUGUCUUUGUCAAAGACAUGUUCUGAAAGCAUUUGGCUAAAAGAUGUGGUAGACCCACGUAUCCCACUGCCAUCACGAAAAGAUGCACAAGACAUAACUCUUUUAGUAGCAAUAGCAUUAGCAUGCUUAAAUCCAUCUCUCCAGUCUCGGCCGUCAAUGAAACUAGUGUCUCAAAGGCUUUCAUCCUCCAACCUACCAUUAGCCAUUCCUUUCAAUAAUAUCACAAUCCAUCAUUUAGUGAAUCAAGAUGUGUAAAUAAUGUAGUAUGAAGCUUGGAGAUUCAGCUUAUGUUUGCUUGGUACUUGUAACAUCCUAAAUAUAUCUUAAUAAAAAAAUAUUAUUAUUU